AUGCUCCGACGCAAGCUUUCAGCUGGUCUCUUACGACCCACCACGUCCUCUGUACUCGCUCCAUCCCCAGCUCCAAUCACCAGACCUCGAUCUAGGUCCCUGGCUUCGGCGGUCUUGUUGUCCAGUCAGAGGAACUGGAAGAAUGAGACGGUGGUUACACUGAAAACAGAAUUGAAGAAGAGGGGUCUGUCACAACAGGGUAACAAAGCAACAUUGAUAUCCCGACUUGAAUCUGCCGAACAAUCCUCCCUUCUCGGCCCUCUCCCUCCUUUCGCUAACGGUGCAAGGGGUCUAUCGACCACAGCUUCCGUCAGUCAGCCACCCAAACCUAAGAGGGAUUCCACCACCGGCCCUGGUCCAGCUACCUCCGAAGAUCCCAGUGUUACUUCCACCGGACCACAGAUCUCAUCUCAGAGGACAGAAGCCAGGAAAGUCGAUCCGAUCGAACCUGAGAAAAUCACAGUAGCACCUGGUUUACCUAAAUCCGAUGUCGCCGCUACAAAAGAUGUUAGUGAGAAGUUGGAUGUGAGAUUCCCUGGUAGUCAGGCUGAGAAGGAUGUCGAGCAGGUUAUCCCCCUCACACCCGAUAACUUCUCAUCCGGCACCACCACCGACUCCGCCCCUUCCCUGUCCGCACCAAAGGUCCUCACCGUCGCAUCAGCUUCUACGCACCUGGAAGGCGGACCAGUUCAUGGAGUGCACGAAUCGCACGACGCUCAUUCAUUGGAAACUGAAUCUUCUGGACCGUCCCUCAAGGACAUCCCAUCUCUCACUGACGCUUUGAGCUCGUUGAUCACCGCUCCUGGUAGAGCAUGGUCCAACGCUGGAAUCAAAUUACCCGAAAUCAACUUUCCUAAAUCUACCGAGGGCCAGAAGGAAUACAAAUCUGAGAAAAGGAAUUUGAACGAUGAUGAGAAAAGAGGACUGUACGUACUUGCUGGUGUCAUCGGGUUAGGAUUGGCUUUAGGUGGAGGAAAGAAAGAUAAGAAAGAUAAAAAAGGAUUGAAAGAUAAGGUGGAAAGUGCCAUCGCUGGUAGUGGUAUACCAGGAGCGAGGAGUGUGAAGGGUGAUACUAAAUGGGAGAAGGCUAGUGGAGCGGGUGUGGUGGGACAUGGAUCAAGGAAGGGUUAA